AUGCGUUUCUCCACUCUCAUCGCUGCCUCCACCAUGACCGCCCUCUCCGUCGUCUCAGCCCAGUCAUCGGUGCCCGAUCCCAAAGUCGUCGCCGCCUGCAGCACCUGCAUAGACAAUGCCGCUAUAGCCGCCGCUCCCGCCUGUAAGAGUCUCGAGGGCUACAUUGGCGGCAAAAAUGCCCCUCCUGCCGACAAGAUGCAGGCUUGCAUGUGCGGAUUGAAGGGCAAUAUGAACUGGGCUGAUUCCUGUGUUCGACCUGACAAGUGCACUGCCCUCCAUACGUCCGCCCUUGUGAGCGCUGUCACCUCUAAUACCUCCCAGCCUAAUGCCUGUAUUAACGCUUCUGCCACUAGUGCUGGUUUCAAGAUGUGUGGAGUGUCUUCGGCCAAGGUUGCUGCUGCUGGUGCUGCCAUGGCUGUCGUUGGUGCCCUUUUGUAG